AUGGCCGAGGUCGGCGCGCGGCUCCGCAGCGGCGCGCUCCGGGGUCUGUUCUACCACAACUUCGUCGAGGGUCCGCAGUUCGUGCCCGGCCUCCCCACGACGGCCACGUCGCUGUCGCUGGUGCCCGCGGCGGGCCGCCUGCUCGCCUACGACCAGCACGUCGGGCCCAAGGGCUGGCUCGGCGACGUCGGCAAGGCGGGCGCGUUCUACGCGCGGUCGCACGUGACGCACCCCGUGGUUGACAGCCUGAAACUUAUGUGGACAGACGCCCACGACAACGCGGUCGUCGUGGGGUACUCCUACGGCGCCGGCAACGUGGUCGUGGACACGUCGUUCCUCAGCCUCGCCCUCGAGGGCUCGCGGCUGGCCGACGACGGGCGCGCGGGGCCAGCCACGGAGGCCGCGUGGGUCAACGUCCUCGAUUGGCUGGUCUCCGCGGAGCCGGAGCGGGAGCACAGGUGCCCCGCGGUCGUUGCGAGCGAGCAGGUGGUGCGGGCGAGCGGCGACGGCGCGUUCGUGCGGGUCGCGCUCACGCCUGACAGCACACAGGUGCCGGGGAGCGAGCACUGGCCGCUGUCGAUCACCACGUGCUCGUCGAGCGAGGGCCCGACGAGCGGGAACGCGGAGGACGACGACUGCCGGCUGGAGCAUGGCGCCGCGGAGGUGCGCACGGCGCGGGAGGAGGGGGGUCCGGGCCGGUUGUACCAAUUGGCAUGGAUCAUGGAGAUCCCCGGGGGGGGUCACUGCGAGGGGUGGAUUUGGGUGUGCGUGGCGCGGACGGACCCCGACGACAGCGCGGACGCUGCGGCGGUGCCGGGCGAGCCGGUGUGCCCCGACCAGGCCGACCCGGAGAUCCUGUGGCGGGAAGUUGCGACGGCGGAACACCACCACGGGCACGACCACGACGACGACGCGUAG